UCCCCCAGGUGUGCCCAGGUGGGGUCACCUUGGGGCGGCUCCGCGGGGCUUUAAAAGGGACCGGGAGGGACCGGGAGAGACCCGAGAGACGGAGCCAUGGGCAAAGAGAGUUUGGAGCUGCGCCCCUCCCCCCGGGGGUGGGGCCGGCGCAAGGAGCGGCAGCGGCUGGAGGAGAUGAAGCAGGAGCUGGAACUGGACGAUCACAAACUGGACGUGAAGGAGCUCGAGAUCAAAUAUGGCACCAGCGCCACCAAGGGCCUGUCCGAGGCGGAGGCGGCCGCGCGGCUGCAGCGGGACGGGCCGAACGCGCUGCGGCCGCCGCGGGGCACGCCGGGCUGCGUGCGCUUCGGCCAGCAGCUGGCCGGGGGGCUGCAGUGCCUCAUAUGGGUGGCGGCCGCGAUCUGCCUGAUCGCCUACGGCGUGCAGCGCGGGCAGGGCGACCGCGGCAGCUCGGACAACCUGUACCUGGCUGUGGCCCUCAUCGCCGUUGUGGUGGUCACCGGCUGCUUCGGCUACUACCAGGAGUUCAAGAGCACCAACAUCAUCGCCAGCUUCCGCAACCUGGUCCCGCAGCAAGCCACGGUGGUGCGGGCGGGGCAGACGCUGCUCGACCUGGGCGACCUGGUGGAGAUCAAAGGCGGCGACCGAGUCCUGGUCGACAUCCGCGUGCUGGCGGCGCAGGGCUGCAAGGUGGACAACUCCUCGCUGACCAGGGAGUCGGAGCCGCAGACGCGCUCACCUGAGUGCACCCACGAGUCCCACCUGGAGACGCGCAACAUCGCCUUCUUCUCCACCAUGUGCCUGGAAGGACGGCCACGGGGCUUGGUGAUCGGCACGGGGGAGCGCACGGUGAUCGGGCGCAUCGCCAGCCUGGCAUCGGGCGUGGGGAACGAGAAGACGCCGAUCGCGGUGGAGAUCGAGCACUUCGUGGACAUCAUCGCCGGGCUCGCCGUCUUCUUCGGCGCCACCUUCUUCCUGGUGGCCAUGCUGAUCGGGUACCCGCUGCUGCGCGCCGCCGUCUUCUUCAUGGCCAUCGUGGUGGCCUACGUGCCCGAGGGGCUGCUGGCCACCGUCACGGUACGGGCAGGGCGCACCUGGGGGCACCUGGGGGCACCUCAGGGGGUUGGGGUUGAGGAACAUUUGAGGUUCUGGGGGUUUGGGGAGCUCUUCAUGGCCAUCGUGGUGGCCUACGUGCCCGAGGGGCUGCUGGCCACCGUCACAGCUGCAAAGCGCGGUUUCGGCAGAAAGACGCCGGCAACCGCCGCUUACCUGCGGACAGCUGCGAGGAGCCGGAAGUCUGCGUCUCAAGCGGACUGCAUCAUGGCGAAAAGCUUUUCCAGCGUGUCUCGCAGGAAGAGGCUGCCAGAGAUGAGGAUGAAGAGCAGGGAGGACAAAUCCCCGCGGCAGAACCUCGUGGAAGAGGCCAUUUUGAGCAGCUCCACAGUGCAGGAACCCAAUGGGGAGGAAAAGCCCGCACAACGAGGGACUGCAAACACAGAUCGCGGGAAUGUGAGGAGGAAAGAUCCACCUUGGGCCGGGAAGGCUGCCGAAGAUUGA